GUCUGUAUGUUGUUCUCUAGCUAAGUCAAGUGUUAAGAGGUCUGCUGCUCCUCCUGUGACUGAUGUGAGGAGACCGUCUGCCCCGGUGUUCCUCAAAGGUCUGCAGGAUCUCAGAGUCAUGGACGGCAGUCAGGUCACAAUGACCGUGGAAGUGACAGGAAAUCCUGCCCCUGAGGUGGUCUGGCUGCAUAAUGGAAAAGAGAUCCAAGAGUCUGAGGAUUUCUAUUUUGAGAGGAAGGGCUGUCAGUAUACUCUCUUCAUACAGGAAGUUUUUCCUGAGGACACAGGGACAUACACCUGUGAGGUGUGGAAUGACACCGGAGUCGCUCGGACUGAAGCCUCACUCACUGUACAAGAGCCUCAAGAUGGAGUUCAGCCCUGGUUCAUCACUAAAACCAAGUCUUCUACUGCCUUCUUGGGUCAACACGCUCUGCUCUCCUGUGCGAUCGCUGGUGACCCCUUCCCAGAAUUCCUCUGGAUGAAAGAUGAGCAGGUAAUAUCUGCAGGUGGGGACUUUGAGAUCCUACAGAAGGAAGACGUUGUCUCAUUGCUCAUAAGGAAUGUGAAGACACAUCAUGCUGGAAACUAUGAGAUUUAUCUCAAGAAUAAAGUAGGAGAGUGCAGGUCAGUGGCCACUCUGCACGUCAGCGAGGACCCCAUGCCAUCUGGUGACAAUUCUCAUAAACGCCGAGGAGUGGAGAGGACUGCAUCAGGCAGGGGAGGACAGCCAGAGACUCUCAGCGCUGCAGCGUCGCUCUCUGAGCCACUGUGGGAACACAACAGUCAGGAUCAGGAAGAAGAGGAGGGCUGUGACACCCGUGGGCUUCUCAAACGGCGAAUAGAGACAAAGGAGCAUCAGGAAGACCAGAUCCGUCAGCAGGAGGCUGAGCAGAUCGACUUCAGAACUGUGCUCGGCCGCAAGGUCACCACUAAGAGUGUCUCUGAGGAAGACCUGAAGGAGAUCACGGCCGAGCAGAUGGACUUCAGGGGGAACCUCCAACGGCAGAUCAAGCCCAAGACUCAGACAGAAGAGGAACGCAAAGUCAACUCUCCACAGCAAGUGGACUUCAGAGCAGUGCUGGGAAAAAAAGGAAGCCAAGGCCCAAAACCUGCUCUUGGAUCCUUAGUGAAAGCACAACCCAACAAAACUGAAGCUGUUGACUUCAGAUCGGUGUUGGGCAACAAGAAAAAACUACCAAGCCAGGACAGGAAUGGAGAAAGCCAAUGUGAUAAAGACACCCGAGGAAAGAAAAUUGAUGUAAAUUGUGUGGAUGGAGGGAUAAAAGAAAAAACAAAAGCAGCUGGGAAGAAAGAGCCCAUUUUUACGCAUAAACUGAGUGACGUGACGGUAUUGGAUGGGGAACGUUUGCAUCUACAGUGCCAACUUUCAUCGGAGUCUCCCGCUAAAGUGACAUGGACACUUGAUGGAAAACUCAUCAAACCAUCCAAAUUCAUCGUCAUUGCUAAUGAGGGUGGUAAGUGUUCUCUGACCAUUGAUAAAGCUCUACCUGAGGAUGAAGGACAAUAUGUGUGCAGGGCAGAGACCAACGAGGGCAGGACAGAGUGUUUCUGUUUGGUCCUAGUGGACGAUCCCAGUGUCUCCACACCAGCUGAUAAGCGGAGCAGGAAGCCCUCUACCCCGACCACAGAGAAUGAGGCCAAAAUAAAGAAACCCCCACCAAAAAUGCUUCCUAAACAAGGUUCUCCUCCUCAGAUCCAGCAGUUUCCUGACGAUAUGAAGAUCAUGGCGGGUCAGAAGGUCAGUCUGCUGUGUCAGUUCACUGGAACUCAGCCCAUCAGCUGCACCUGGCUCAAGUUCCGCAAACCAAUUCAGGAAGGUCAGGGCAUCUCAGUAGUGAGCACAGAUAGCAGCAGUCAGCUGACCAUCACAGAAGGACAGCAGGAGCACUGCGGCUGCUACACCAUCGAGCUCAAGAACAUCCACGGUGUGAGACAGGCCGCACUCAACCUCACUAUAGUCGAUAAACCCGACCCCCCUGCCCGCGUCCCAGCAGCCUCAGACAUCCGUAAGUCCAGCCUCACCCUGUCCUGGUACGGGCCGACAUACGACGGCGGCAGUGCCGUCCAGUCCUACAACCUGGAGAUGUGGAGCUCUGUGGACAUGAAGUGGACAGAUCUGGCAUCCUGUAACAGCACCUCCUAUAACGUGCAGAACCUGCUUCCAGACAGACAGUACAAGUUCCGAGUGAGAGCAGUGAAUAUUUAUGGUGUGGGAGAGCCCAGUGCUGAGUCUGAGCCCGUGCAGGUGGGGCUGGAGGCUGAAGGGGAAAAUAAGGAAGAUGAAGCUGAGCCCUCAGAUGACGAAUCAGAGAAGGAGCCGGAUUACAGAAAUGUGACGAUCAGGACAGACGUGAAGGUGAAGGACCUGUAUGAUGUGGAAGACAGACUGGGCUCAGGGAAAUUCGGGACUGUUUUCAAACUGAUAGAAAAGUCCACUAAAAAGGUGUGGGCUGGCAAAUUCAUAAAAGCAUAUUCUGCCAAAGAAAAAGAAAAUGUCAGACAGGAAAUUGCAGUCAUGAAUGACCUGCAUCACCCAAAGCUUGUGCAGUGUGUCGACGCUUUUGAGGGAAAGACUGACAUUGUAAUGGUCCUGGAUAUGAUCUCUGGAGGGGAGCUGUUUGAGUGGAUCAUAGACGAGGACUUUGAGCUGACGGAGAGAGAGGUGAUCAAAUACAUGCUUCAGAUUGUGGAUGGAGUAAAUUUCAUCCAUAAGAAAGGCAUCGUCCACCUGGACCUCAAACCAGAGAACAUCAUGUGUGUCAAUAAGACCGGCAGCAAAAUCAAACUCAUUGACUUUGGACUGGCACGCAGACUGGAGAAUGCUGGCUCUCUGAAAGUCCUGUUCGGCACCCCAGAGUUUGUGGCUCCAGAGGUGAUUAAUUAUGAGGCCAUCAGUUACGCGACAGACAUGUGGAGUAUAGGAGUGAUCUGCUACAUCCUAGUCAGUGGUUUGUCGCCCUUCAUGGGGGACAAUGAUAACGAGACGCUGUCUAACGUGACCUCAGCCACAUGGGACUUUGAAGACGAGGCAUUCGAUGAGAUCUCAGACGAAGCCAAGGACUUUAUCAGUAACCUGCUGAAGAAAGACAUGAAAGCUCGCCUGACCUGCGAUCAGUGUUUCCAGCACCCCUGGCUCAAACAGGACACCACCAACAUGGAGGCCAAGAAGCUUUCCAAAGAGAGGAUGAAGAAAUACAUUCUGAGAAGAAAGUGGCAGAAAACAGGGCACGCGGUACGAGCUAUCGGUCGACUGUCAAACAUGGCAUUGAUGGCGGGUGUUCAUGCCAAAAAGGGCUCCCCCACUGAAGCAGAAGAUAAAGAGUUUGCUGCUGAACUGGAGGAGAAAACUCUAAUGAAACCCACGUUCAGCUCCGUUAUUAAAGACAUUGAGGUUGUGGAAGGCAGCGCUGCUCGAUUCGACUGCAAAAUUGAAGGUUAUCCUGACCCAGAGGUGGUGUGGUUUAAGGAUGACCAACCGAUAAAAGAGACGCGCCAUUUUCAGAUCGAUUAUGAUGAAGAUGGAAAUUGCAGUCUUGUUAUUUCUGAGGUGAGCGGUGAUGAUGAUGCAAAGUACACCUGCAAGGCCAUGAACAGCGUCGGGGAGGCCACCUGCACCGCCGAACUCAUCGUGGAGGUGAUGGGAGGAGAAGAGGAGGAGGAGGAGGAAGAGUAGAAACAACCUCUUUUCUCAUGUUUCUCUUUUUUGCUUGGUGCCUUUUUCUCACUGUCUCACUUACGGACUUUCAGAUGAUGAGGAUGAUGCUUUAUUGCACUUCUAAUUUGUUCUUUUGUAUUUAUGCAACCGCCAAAGUCAGAUAUCAGAUAUAUCACAAGACAUCAAUAUUACUCACAUUCCACUGGUUGCUUGCUCAUCAUUGUCAAGUUUGACUCUACAGGAAGGUUUUUGUGUUUGUGUGAUCAUCGCUCGUGACCGUGUGAACUGAGCAGCACUUCCUGUCUGUUAGCACAGCUUUAUUUAAGCACUGUAAACUCAUGUAAGGUUGUGUGUUUUUGUUUGGAGACAUUUUCCUCCUUUCACCAUUCUUCAUAAGUAGCAGCACUCAACAGAUAUUUGGAGACAUGUUAAAUGUAUGUUUAUUUUAUCAGGAAUGUCUGUAGAUUAUAUUUCUUGAAAUGUUUUUAGAUAUAUACGCGUUUGAGAAAGUGCAGAUUGCAUUGGAAUGAGAACACUACAAAUGUAGUUAUUCACUUUUAAAGAAUAAAUUUUGAUCACAAACAA